GUCGGAAUCUGGGAAUGCCGGUCUUGUAAGAAGACCGUUGCUGGUGGGGCUUGGGUCGUUUCGUACAUUCCCUUGCAUUCCCUUACACUACCUCCACCUCUUCCUGCCCCGGGAGAAACGCUAACGGGAGGUUAUUUGGGCAUAGAACACCUGCCGCGGCAGCCACUAGAUCGACAAUCCGUCGCCUUCGUGAAAUUGCUGAAGUUUGAGUUUUCCUUGGAGAAAAAAAAUAUAACGGAUGGUGUAAUGUUUCUAGAGAAGGUCAAUUUUAAAAACGCAAGCGCUGGCUACGUUCUUUUUUUUUUCUCCGCUGCCUUGGACCUUUGCUUGUUCGGCGUUAGGGAUUGAGUCAUGAGGUGGGUGUAGCUAUCGCUUCGAUGUCGGCAUCAGCGUGAAGGAUAAGUUACAGUGAUGUGGAAAACGGGGGUUCAUGUGGGGAAACGUCCAAGCUCGCCCAGAAGAGGGACAACGUCACAGAAUGAAAGAAAAAAGAAAAGGAAAAAAAAAAGGGGGGGGGGGGUUAAACAAGACACUUCAUAAACCGUUGAAGAGCAGCCAAGGAACUUUUUGCGGCCGUUUCGGGCAUUAGAUAUAGCUAAUCUACCUCCCACCAUUCCAUCG